GAUGAUUUCAUUAUUGGCUGCAUUACCCCGAUUCAUCAUGUCAUAGUCCAUAGUACUGGAAAAGUUGCAGAAGCAAGCGAGUCGAAAUUACCGUCAAAAGAUGGUUCCUUUCUGUUUCAGAAUGAAAUAUUCAGUCCAACAUCGCCAGUGGAAAUCUCAAAGGCCGCCUCAAUCAUAGAAUCGGAUAUGGAAAAGUAUUUGGACGAGCUCAGAGUCCAAGAACCGUGUGCGCGAAGAGUGUCACAUCAUACAGUUAGUCUCAAGUGGAAGCUACCCAAAGUAAUCGAGGAAAUAAUAGGAUACGAAAUACUGGUUGACGGCAAAUCUAUUGAAACAAUAGUCAAUCCAAGACGCUGCAUGGCAGUUAUCAGCUGCCUCCCUCCCGUCCAGCGACUCCUGAUCACCAUCCGCACCAUCACCAAAACAGGCCUGCAGUUUCUCCCUUGCACCUCUAUCGGAUAUCACCCGCGUGAUAAUACAUAUAUAUGCGUUUAAAAGUUAAUAGCUGAUCAUGACACUAUUUCCCUAU